AUGUUGAAGAAAUCAGAGCUCGAGGUGGUUCUGGAGGAAUCUCAAGCUGCGGGGCUGACGGUCCCCCUGCACUCUGGAGGGGAGUCUGGCUGCGGGAAAAUGCUAGGAAACAAGCUGUUUGUACCAAACAGAGGAGCGAGGCCAGAUGCUUUUAAGGUCUUACUGGUCAUCACAGAUGGAGAGACCUAUGGAGACAGCACUCCCUUAAGUGAUGUGGUUAAUGAGGCUGAGAGGAAAGGCAUCAUCCGUUACGCCAUUGGGGUUGGUAGGGCUUUCCAUUAUUCCAGUGCACUACAGGAGUUGGAAACUAUUGCCUCCAAUCCCAUUCAAAAUCAUUUGUUUCGGGUGAAUGACUUCCAAGCUUUGGAUAACCUUAGGGGCUCACUAGAGAAAAGUAUCUUUUCUAUUGAAGGGACAUCAUCAGGAGAAUCUUUUAGGAUGGAAUUAGGUCAAGAGGGAUUUAGCUCAGCUUUCAUGCCCACGGGAAAAGUCCUGUUAGGUGCCGUUGGGGCAUUUAACUGGAAGGGAAGUUAUCUGAUGGGAGAGGAUGUUUUCGACAGCAGUGUCAGUGUGGAGAAUGACAGUUACACAGGUUAUUCAAUGGCUGUUCCAUUGUUCCGUGGCACAAACAACCAGAACACUGUCAUUUUAGGAGCCCCGCGAUAUCAGCACAAAGGAGGAGUUAUUAUUAUGAUAAAUAAAAGAGUACACAAGGUCCUUGAAGGCAUGCAGAUUGGUUCAUAUUUUGGCGCUGAGGUCUGUGUGGUGGAUUUGAAUUCGGAUUCCAGUACUGACCUAUUACUCAUAUCGGCUCCAAUGUACAUAAAUACAGACAGAGACAGUGAAGGACAAGUGACUGUCUGUUCCCUGCAGGGUGCAUCUUGUACAGAGCAGCCACUGAUGGGGGAAGCAGGGAUGAGGGGAAGGUUUGGAGCUUCCCUCGCUGCCCUCGCUGACCUGAAUGGGGAUGGAAUAGCUGAGGUGGCUGUAGGAGCCCCUUUGGAAAAUGAUGGCAAGGGUGGCCUGUACAUCUUCUCUGGUGCACAAACAGGAAUAAAUCCCACGUACUCACAGAGAAUCCCGGGCUCCACAAUACAUCCAGGCCUCAAAUACUUUGGCCAGUCUAUUAGUGGUACUGUGGACCAGAGCAGAGACAUGCUGCCUGAUCUGGCUGUUGGAUCCAGGGGGAAGGUCCUGCUGUUACGGACCAGACCUGUGGUGUUGGUGACAGUGAGAAUGACCUACAAUCCGCGCACAAUCCCAGCUGACAUCUCUGACUGCAGCAAACACCUAUCUUACAUUGCAAGAGUGUGUUUCUCCAUGGUGAGCCGUACUCGGGGCCAAUCAGGAAAUCUGGAAGCACAGCUUAAUUAUACCUUGACUCUUGACGCCUUUCGAAGUGCUUUGCGGUCUCGUGCCUUUUUUGGUCCUUCCCAACCAUCCCUGACCAGAAUGCUUACCAUAAGAGGAACUUCCCAAGAUAAGUGUGAAGACCAUCAGUUAUCAAUACAAGCUUGCCCAGAAGAUGCCCUUAAUCCCUUACAAAAUCAGGUAAAAUUCAGCUUUACAGACACGCCCUCUCAACAAAACCUUUCCCCUGUCCUGCACCCAGCUUCACAAGUCAGCUCAUCCCAUCCAUUAGACUUUGAAAUAGAUUGUGGUCCUGAUAAGGUGUGUAUCGAUGACCUUAAAGUGGAUUUCAAUUUCCUAAGCGUAUCUGAAAUGCAUGUUGGCAUAAUAUCGGAGUUGAACAUACUAGUGUCAGUGGAGAACAGAGGGGAGAAUUCAUACAACACCCAUAUAAUUUUUACCUAUCCAAUAGGAUUGUCGUACAGAAAAGUUGAAGUACAGGAUGCUUCCAGUAGGGCAAAAGUUCAGUGCAAUGCCUUGCCCUUUCUGGAUGAGACCACAGUGGAGCAGAUCUCCUGCAGCAUCAACAGGCCCAUUUUCCAUAGCAAAGCCCAGGCUUCCUUUGUGCUCAGUUUUGGCAUAGAUGGCAAUAGUCAUUUUAAUAAAAACGUAACAUUUACAGCCAACGCUACAAGAGUUUACUUUCAGGUGACAAGCUCUGAGGAAUCGACUACUUACAUUAACUUCACAGCUGGGAAGAGUGAUUUGAAGCAACCUGUACUUCAUUCAUUUAAGGUAAUGAAUCAUUUCAGAAAUCCUGAAGUGACAGUGACUAUAAAAUCACCAAUUAAGCUGGGAGGCAAAGAUAUUUGGACCAACAGAAGCAGCCUUCAGAUUCCAGGGUGUCAAAACCAAAAGGAUGAGAAUCCAAAUGUGACCAAUUUUGUGGAGAUACUGAAGAAGACACCGAUUGUGAACUGCACUAUUGCAGUUUGUGCAGUGAUAAAGUGUACGGUUCACAUGCAAGAGCUGCAAGACACUUUCUAUAACAUCUCUGGCGAAGUAAAAUCGGGGUGGAUAGAGCAGACGCAGCUCAUGGCUGUAGAUUUGGUCAGUAGCUUAGUUCUGGAUUAUGACCGGAACCAGUUUGUUUCUGCUACUAAGGACCACAAUCCAAGUGCUGAGGUUAGGACACAUGUGGUGAUACACAUCGAACCAAACUUCACCAAAGAAAUUAUAGGUGGUGUAGUUGGAAGUUUGCUGCUCCUUGCUUUAAUCACAGCUGCGCUCUACAAGGCUGGAUUCUUCAAAAGCAAAUAUAGCCAGAUGAUGGAGGAGACUGGAAACGAGACUGCAGGAGCAAAUCCUGAUGCUCCACCAGCUGCCGAAUAACAUUUAAGAAGCACUUCAUGCUUAUUUGAUGAUGACAUUUUUUUACAUUUACCUGCAUUCAAAUAUCUUUGGGAGAGCAUAUCAUGAAAUUUGAGUUUUGUUUUAUUGCUUAAGCUUAUACUACAUUGCUAAACCAUUGCUCCAGCAUGUACAGAAAAGAGUACAUCCAUUCAUUCAUCCAUCCAUCCUUCGAUUACCAAUCUGGCACAGGAAGCCAACUGAAUGGAAGCUCAGCUGAAGGUUUUGUCAUGCUGGCCUUGAAACUGGAUGAAACACUGGACACAAGUACUUUUCUUUGGGUUUCUAUAUUUUUUAUUUUCUUUUCGUGUAACUCAUACGUAUGGCAAAAUAAAUACACGUAAAUAAAAUCUACACAAAA